CGCCGCGAGGGCGGGGGCCCCACUUCCGGGCGGCGGAAGGAGACGCGGCCGCGUGAGGACGAGGCGAUUUGAAAACACGCUCUGGGAGCCAGCGAAAAGCCUGCGGCCGGCGGUACACGGCGUGGUCCCGUGGGGCUUGGCGCUCGCUCCCUCUCCGCCUUGUCUCCGCGGUCCGGCUAGGUCCGGGCUUUCAGCACUCAAGAAUGACCAAAAAAAGGAAACGCCAAGAUGACUUUCAAAAAGUAAAAUUAAAAGUUGGUAAAAAGAAGCCUAAAUUAGAGAAUGCUACGGCCACACACUUCAAGACAAAGGCCAUACAUGUGCCCGAACAACUUAAAGAGGACAGAACGCUUCCAACCAACAAUAGAAAACUUAACAUAAAGGAUUUGCUGUCACAGAUGCAUCACUAUAAUGCUGGUGUUAAACAAAGUGCUCUUCUCGGACUUAAAGACCUUUUGUCUCAAUACCCAUUUAUAAUUGAUGCACACCUUUCAAACAUAUUAAGUGAAGUGACUGCUGUGUUUACAGAUAGAGAUGCUAAUGUACGAUUAGCAGCAGUUCAACUUCUUCAAUUCCUGGCCCCCAAAAUACGAACUGAACAAAUUUCUCCAUUUUUCCCUUUGGUAAGUGCCCAUCUCUCUAGUGCCAUGACUCACAUUACUGAAGGAAUUCAGGAGGACUCUUUAAAAGUUUUGGACGUACUGCUGGAACAUUACCCAGCUCUCAUUACUGGCCGCAGCAGUAUAUUGCUUAAGAAUUUUGUAGAACUCAUUUCUCAUCAGCAGCUGUCCAAAGGACUGGUAAAUAGAGACAGAUCCCAGUCCUGGAUACUUUCCGUAAAUCCUAACCGGAGAGUCACUUCUCAGCAAUGGAGGCUGAAAGUCUUAGCGAGACUCAGUAAAUUCCUUCAGGCCUUGGCAGAUGGAUCCAGUAGGUUGAGAGAAAGUGAAGGACUUCAGGAACAAAAAGAAACUCCCCAUGCCACUAGCAACUCCAUUUUUAUCAACUGGAAGGAUCAUGCCAGCGACCAGCAACAGAUCCAGGUUUAUGAAAAUGGGGGUUCACAGCCAAAUGUCAGUUCACAGUUCAGGCUACGGUACUUGGGAGCACUAGGUGCUGUGGAUGAAGACCUGUCAUCCCCUGAAAAUCUGAAAGGAUUCAUUGAGAUUAUAAUUCCAUUGCUAAUUGAAUGCUGGAUUGAAGCUUUGCCUCCACAAUUAGCCGCUUCUGUUGGAAAUGGUGUAGAGCGAGAGCCUCUACAGGUUAUGCAGCAAGUCCUGAAUGUCAUUUCCCUGCUGUGGAAACUCUCCAAACAGCAGGAUGAAACCCAUACAUUGGAGUCAUGGCUUCGAAAGAAUUACCUUACUGAUUUCAAACAUCAUUUUAUGAGCCAUUUUCCAUAUGCCUUAAAAGAAAUAACCAAGCAACGAAAGAAAGAGACAAAUAAAAGCAUCAAGCAUUGCACGGUUCUCUCCAAUAAUGUAGAUCAUCUUUUACUGAAUUUAACGCUGUCUGAUAUCAUGGUCUCGCUGGCAAAUGCCUCAACUUUGCAGAAUGAUUCCAGUUGGAUAGAAACGAUAAGGAAAUUUGUGACGGAGACCCUUAAAGGUGGUGCUAGGCUGAACAGUAAACAGCUGAACAGAUUGCUUGGAGUCUCCUGGAGGCUGAUACAGAUGCAACCAAACAGAGAGGCUACAGAGAAUCUCAUUAAGGCAGUGUAUACGCUGUAUCAGCAGAGAGGCCUGCUUCUUCCAGUUAGGACUUUGUUAAUCAAAUUUUUCAGUAAAAUCUAUCAGAAAGAAGAACUGAGGUCUUACAGAUUGAGGUACCGAAGCAGAGUGCUAUCCCGUUGGCUGGCUGGCCUCCCAUUGCAGCUUUCUCACCUUGGCUCCCGAAACCCUGAGCUGUCCACACAACUGAUUGAUAUCAUUCAUACUGCUGCAGCACAAGCAAAUAAGGACUUACUGAAAAGCUUACAAGCUGCUGCUCUACGAAUUUAUGAUCCACAAGAAGGCGCUGUGGUGGUUCUUCCUGCAGAGUCUCAGCAGCGUCUGGUUCAGCUUUUGUAUUUUCUGCCUUCUCUGCCUGCUGAUUUGCUUUCUCGGUUAAGUCGGUGCUGCAUUAUGGGGAGACUCGGUUCAAGUUUGGCUGCCACACUUAUUGGAAUACUGUACAUGAGAUCGUCCUUUUCUGGAUGGAGCCACUCGGUUAAUGACUACUUAAUGACAGAUGUGGACUAUCUCAGCUUCUUAUUUUCCACACUUACAGGGUUUUCAAAAGAGGAGUUGGCCUGGCUUCAGAACCUUCGAGGAGUUCCUCAUGUCAUCCAGACAUCGCUUUCCCCUGUGCUUCUCUACCUUACAGACUUGGACCAGUUUUUACACCAUUGGGAUAUAACAGAGGCAGUUUGUCACAGUUUAUUGGUUAUUCCUGCCCGAAGCCAGAGCUUUGACAUCAUGCAAAGUGCCAUCAGUAAGCAUUUGGUUGGGUUGACUGUAAUUCCUGACAGCACAGCUGGCUGUAUAUUUGGAGUGAUGUGUAAACUCCUGGAUCAUACGUGUGUAGUUAGUGACUCUCUCCUGCCAUUCCUGGCUUCUUGUUGCUACAGCCUUCUUUAUUUUCUGCUUACUCUAGAGAAAGGGGAAGCGGAACAUAUGAAAAAGAGGGACAAGCUGUGGGGUGUUUGUGUCUCCAUCCUGGCCCUCCUGCCUCGAGUCCUCAGGUUGAUGCUGCAGAGUCUGCGGGUGAACAGAGCUUCUCCUGAGGAGCUGCCUAUUGUGGGCCAGCUGCUCCGCCUGCUGCUUCAGCAUGUUCCCCUCAGGACGCACAUGCUGACCAAUGCCAUCCUCGUGCAGCAGAUCAUCAAGAAUAUCACGACUUUGAAGAGUGGCAGUGUUCAGGAGCAGUGGCUUACAGACUUACAUUACUGCUUCAGCAUGUAUAUCAGUGGCCAUCCCCAGGGGCCAAGUAUAUUGAAUGCAUUGUAUUGAAAAAGCACCAUGGUACCUCCUGUUUGAAAUUGUUCAUGCACAUCCAUUUUAUUUUGAAGAAAGACUGAUGUAACAGAUGUUUGUCAUUAAAGCUAAACUUUUAAAGAA